AUGCCACUCGUAUGGAUGGUGUGGGUGACCGCGCUCGGUCCUGCAGCCGGUAAAGCAAACCCAACCGGCUGCAGAUUGUGGAGCAAGUUUCAGUCGCCUGGCAUUUUUAUGAGCGGAGAUUUUGUAAUCGGGGGCAUUUUCGCUAUUCAUGAUUCUGUCAGAUCUGAGCAGAUUACCUACACCAGGGUCCCAUCACAGUUACAGUGCUCUGGGUACGAUAUGGACUUCAGAGAGGUACGUUUUGCCCGUGCUUUGGAGUUCACUAUCCAUGAGAUCAACAACAGAACCGACCUCCUGCCUGGCAUUACGUUGGGCUAUGAGAUACACGAUUCCUGCUCUACGGUGCCGAAGGCGAUCAGAAAUGCAUUUCAGCUUGCAAAUGGUUUCGAACCCAUUUUAAACAACACUGAUUCUUGUUCAACAUCUGAAGCUGCUGUGACUGCUGUCAUCGGAGAUUCUGCUUCCACACAGUCGCUUAGCAUCGCCAGGAUGCUCGGCCUUUUCGGAAUUCCUCAGGUGAGCCACUAUGCUACCUGUGCGUGUCUGAGUGAUAAGAAUCAGUACCCUGCCUUUCUUAGGACCAUCCCCAGCGACCAACACCAAGCAAGCGCACUGGCAAAGAUGGUCAAACACUUCGGCUGGACGUGGAUCGGAGCGGUGCGCAGCGACACCGACUACGGAAAUUACGGCAUGGCAUCAUUUCUGAAGGCCGCGCAGGCGGAGGGGAUCUGCGUGGAGUAUUCAGAGUCCUACUACAGGACGCAACCCCACAGUAAACUGGAGCGAGUGGCCAACUUGAUCCGCAGCUCGACCGCCCGUGUCAUCGUGGCGUUCAUGGCCACAGGAGACAUGAGGCUUCUCCUGGAGGAGCUCAACCGACAGCCGCUGCCUCCUCUCCAGUGGAUAGGAAGUGAAACCUGGAUCACAGAUCCUGAUUUUCUGAAAUAUAACAUGUGUGCCGGGGCGAUAGGGUUCGGCGUCCCGAAGUCUGUAAUUCCAGGACUUCGUAUGUUUCUUCUAGAGCUCAGUCCAGAUGAGGCUUUAAAAUCGCCUCUGUUAACAGAAUUUUGGGAAACUGUUUUCAGCUGUAAGCUUCAAGUGCAGAUGGGCAUCUCUGAGGGCACCCAGGUGUGUGAUGGCACUGAGGACCUAAGUGGUGUUCAGAACUCCUACACUGACACGUCUCAACUGCGCAUCACUAAUAUGGUUUACAAAGCAGCGUAUGCUAUAGCGUACGCCAUCCACGGUCUCAUCUGUACUGACCUGCAAUGUGACAAGAGCAUUAAGUUUUCACCCUGGCAGGUUCUUGACCAGCUCAAGCAAGUAAACUUCACUUCCAAGAACGGUUUUCAGGUCUCGUUUGAUUCCAGCGGAGAUCCUCCGGCCCUCUAUGAGCUUAUAAACUGGCAGUUUAAUAAAGACGGCGCUUUGGAUUUCGUAACGGUGGGUCAGUACGAUUCGUCCAGGCCAAGAGGACAGGAGUUUAAAAUGAACAAAGCCAUCAGCUGGGUGGGAGGACAGACCGAGGUCCCGGUGUCGGUGUGCAGUGAGAGCUGUCCUCCAGGAACCAGGAAGGCUGUCCAGAAGCGACGACCUGUUUGCUGUUUUGAUUGUAUACCCUGCGCUGAAGGAGAGAUCAGCAACAAAACAGACUCUUUAGAUUGUUUGCGCUGCCCUCCUGAGUUCUGGCCCAAUCCUAAGCGAGACAGCUGCCUCCCCAAACCCGUCGAGUUCCUGUCCUGGGAUGACACCCUCAGCAUCAUCCUUGCUGUGUUCUCCAUCUCCGGUGCCGUUUUGACCAUGUGUGUGGCGACGAUCUUCUACAAACACAGAACAUCUCCCAUAGUCAGAGCCAACAACUCUGAGCUGAGCUUCCUGCUGCUCUUCUCUCUGACUCUGUGUUUCCUCUGUUCACUUACUUUCAUCGGUCGACCCUCGGAGUGGUCCUGCGUGCUCCGACACACAGCGUUCGGGAUCACCUUCGUCCUCUGCAUCUCCUGUGUUCUGGGUAAAACAUUAGUGGUGUUGAUGGCGUUCAGAGCGACACUUCCAGGCAGUGACGUCAUGAAAUGGUUUGGGCCUCCACAGCAGAGACUCAGUGUUGUUACCUUCACGAUCAUUCAGGUGAUUAUUUGUGUGUGUUGGUUAAAAAUCUCCCCUCCGUUCCCCUUCAAAAAUCUAAAACACUACAAGGAAAGAAUCAUACUAGAAUGUGGAUUAGGAUCAGCUGUGGGUUUCUGGGCUGUUCUGGGUUAUAUCGGGAUUUUGGCUCUUCUGUGUUUUGUUUUGGCUUUUCUGGCUCGGAAGCUGCCUGAUAAUUUUAAUGAAGCUAAAUUUAUCACCUUCAGCAUGUUGAUAUUCUGUGCAGUUUGGAUCACUUUUAUUCCAGCGUAUGUCAGUUCACCUGGUAAAUUUACUGUAGCUGUGGAGAUUUUUGCUAUUCUGGCCUCAAGUUUUGGUUUGAUUGUUUGUAUUUUUGCUCCUAAAUGUUUUAUAAUCGUUUUUAGGCCGGAGCAGAACACCAAGAAGCAUCUCAUGGGGAAAACAUGA